AUGGAUAAACCUCCCGAGCAAUACCAAAAGAUAAAAGUGGAACGUACAAACUAUGCAGAAGCCAAGUUGAGGAAACAUGUGAAAUCGAUAGACGAGCAGAAACUGGGUAGCCCAAAGGAAACUGAGGAUAGUGGCAAUGAGAACUCAACGUGUGUGCAUGGGGCGGCUGUUUGGGAAAUCUUUCAAAGAGAGGACGUUCGAAAACUUGUUCAGUUUUUGAAUAGUCACAACCGUCACUCGGAGAACCAACUUGUAAAAUUUGUUGAUCACCCAAUUCAUGACCAGACUUUUUUCUUGAGUAAAAGUCAGCAGAAACAGCUGAAGGAGAAAUUUGAACCAUGGACCUUUGAGCAACACCUCGGCGAGGCUGUUUUUAUCCCUGCAGUUUGUCCUCACCAAGUCGGGAAUAGACAUUCUUGUAUAAAGGUGGCAUUAGAUUUUAUUUCUCCUGAAAACGCAGAGGAAUACGUUAGGCUAACACAAGAGUUCCGGAGAUUACCGAGAGACCACAGAGCCAGCGAAGAUAAACUAGAGCUUAAGAAAUUAGUGCUGCAUGCAGCGAGCUCAGCCACUAAAGAGGCAAAAAAUCUAAUGGAGAAGUCCACACCUUUCGAUAUAUCAGACUGAACCACUGUUUGGAGCAAACGCUCCAUGGCGAUCGUUAAGGCGACACUACUUUUCAGAGCAAAGCAAAGCUGAUGAAGAAAUGAAGAGAUUAGCAGAACAACAACAUAUAGGCUUUUGCUUAUUGUCUGUAAAAUCAUUCACUUUGAAGGUAGGAAAAGAAAUCUGAUAAAGAAAUGAAGAGAUCGACAGAACUGCAACAG